CUAAUGAUUUUAACAACGAGCCAAAAUGUUGAUUGUAAGAGACACAACUUGUUGAGUGUUGAAGCCGGUGUGGUUAUCACUUCCGGUGAUCGUCCUAGCCCUCCACCAAAGUCGUCACCUUCCAAAGAUCGUCCUAACCCUCCACCAAAGCCAUCACCUUCUAAUGAUCAACCUAACCCUCCACCUAAGCCGUCACCUUCCAAUGAUCCUCCUAUCACCCCUACAUCUUCGAGCCCUCCUAGUCCUCUUUCGACUCCUCCAAUAAUGGAGCUACCGAGUCCUCCUAGUCCUCUUCCGAAUCCUCCAAUAAUAGAGCCAUCGAGUCCUCCUUUGCCUAUAGACGACAUAUUUACACCCGUGCCUUCUAGUGACUCUCCCCUCAUUACGCCUUCUCCUGAAGCCUAUCCUCCUCUUUUGCCACCACCUAUUGCACCAUCCCCUUCUCCUGUUGCCCUUCCUCCUCUUUCGCCGCCUCAGAUUCCUCCUCUUAUUGCUCCCUAUCCUCCUACAGUUGAUUCUCCUCCUCCUCCUCCUCAAGUACCUUCUCAGGCAUCUGUUCCUCCUUUAUUGUCAUCGCCGCCUCCAAUGGACGAUGCUCAUUCUGAAGAACCUUCUAAUCCAGCCUUAUCACCCCCUUCUCCCACUAUUCCUCCUCCACCUCAUUCGCCAUCAAGACCUUCUUCAUCUCCUCCUUCAACAACGCUCUCUCCACCUCCUCUUUCAAAACCUUCUCCGUCUACUCCUUUAAGACCACCUUCCCCUAACUCUUAUCCUUCUAACUCUGAUGACACUCCUAAAUUGCAAGUUGGUUACUAUCAAGGGAAAUGCUCUAAUAAGUCCAUGGAUGUUGAAGCGCUCAUCUUAACUAUUGUUGAAGAACAUUUCCUAAAUGAUACUUCUAUCCUUCCAGCCCUACUUCGCUUACAAUUUCAUGACUGUUUUGUCCAUGGAUGUGAUGCUUCAAUACUAAUAGAAGGAAAUACAACUGAAAAGACCGCGAUCCCUAAUCUCACGGUAAGGGGAUAUGAACUUAUUGAUACAAUAAAGGUUACUAUUGAAGAAGAAUGCCCUGGAAUUGUCUCUUGUGCAGACAUAAUAGCAGUAGCUACUAACAUCGUAAUAAAAUUGGGAGGUGGACCAGAAUAUUUAGCACAAACAGGAAGAAGAGAUGGAACAGUUUCAAAAGCUGAAGAUGUUGAUCUUCCAAGUCCUGCCUUGACAGUGCAAGAAACUAUUGAUGUUUUCCAAGCAAAAAAUUUCACUGCUGAAGAAAUGGUUGUUCUUUUAGGUGCUCAUACUGUUGGAAUUGCACAUUGUACAUCAUUUGAAGAUCGCCUUUACUCAGGCACUAGCCAGUUUGACCCAACCAUGGACCCAACCCUUCGCGAACAAUUGUCGGAAACAUGCCCCCAGGGACAGUUCUCAAACAACUUCGCUCUCCUAAACCAAAACCCACAACAUUCAGGCAACGUUGACAACACUUUCUAUGAUCAAAUCUUGAAACAAAGAGGAAUCCUCUCAAUUGACCAAGCAUUGGCUAAUGAUCCUUUAACAAAAGCAACUGUUGUACAAUUGUCUUUAAAUGCCACUUUAUUCAAUGUUGCACUUGCAAAUGCAAUGGUGAAACUACAAGCAGUUGACGUCCUUACAGGCAAUCAAGGAGAGAUUAGAAAUGUUUGUAGUAAAUUUAAUUGAGAGCUAGCGACAAAGCUUGUCUCCUCAUUUUUUCCAACACUAUAACGUGUUCUUAUGUUAAUUUUUUUUUUUGAAAGCAUUCUUAUGUUAAUCUAAGAUAUACCUAUAUAUUAAUUCAAUUUUUUCCUCACUCAUUUAUUGUCGUCAUCCACAACUUCGCUUUGAUUUUCAAAUUCUAAUGUAUCAAACAUUUAUUUGAAGAUUUUGAACCUUAUUCAAUUCCUAAAUGGCAAUUUAAGGCUCUUCCCUUCUUCUUCUUUUUUUAAUCACCUUCUUCUUCUUCUUUUUAUUUAUUUAUUUAUUUAUUUAUUUUUAUUUAUUUUUUUUAUAAAUAAGUCUUCUAUAUAUUUACAUAGUUCUUUUUAAAGUGCAACAUUAGAACA